AUGUACCGUACUGUACUGUUCCUGCAAACCUGGCUUCUCCGGCAACCCCUUCGCCGGCUGUCAGCGAGUUCCGGAAACUCAAAGAGGUUAUUUUAUUACCAGGCAGCAGACCUUCUGGCACAAAGGUCUACAGAGUGGAGCGCUUUUUUUAAGGUAUACGUUAACGCAGAAUUUUGGACGUCUGGGACAAACUUGCCCAUGGGACAAUGGGUCUGGAUGUCUUCCAGGGAACCGGUGCUUCCAGAUUACUCGGACUGGUGGCCUGGAGAGCCUAACAAUGCUGGAGACGAACACUGCUUGGAGCUCUGGGAGAGGGAUAGCAGGGGCUAUAAGUGGAACGACAAAAGAUGUACCGAGCAACUUUACCCGAUAUGUGAAUAUUUUGAAUAA